GAGGUCCCCUCUAAAUUAUAACACUGAAAACAAUGGCAACAGAAUGUAUAAAAACCUGCUGUAAAUUGUGUUUCUGCAUGGAUGAGGAAAAAAAUGAUUCAGUUUCCAUGGUGCAGGAAUCUGAAGCAGUAGCUGCAAGCAAGCCAACUAUUGUAGAGCAGCCUCCAUUGUCUUCUGUGUCAGUGAAGCGUCAAGUUGGCUGUUCUGAGGAUUAUUUGCUUUCCAAGCUGCCCCUGGAUGGCCAGGAGGUGCCAUUUGUGGUCCCUCCAUUCAGAAUGGCUUAUGUACAGCCAAAGAACCUUCCUGGUAUCUCACAUGCUGGAGGGAUUAAAGAGUCAGCCAGAGCCUCGUUUGGCGAGCGGAAGGCAGAGCUGCACGGCGCGUUCCAGUGGCCCAGCUGUGACGUCUACAACCCCUUCUAUCUGGAGCAUCGCGUCUCUCCUGAUCUCAUCAGGCGCUGCCCAGCAAAAGCAGAUAGCAGGAAAUUGUAUGGAUCAGUUAGUGAUUUAAGAGCCAGUGCUUUGGCUGGGCCCCUGGAUGUGAGCCGUUCGAUGUUUGAUCUAAGGAGCCCCCCUCACCGGUUCAUCAAGAGAUAUGAUUCAGUCUCCAGUGUACCUAGCAGUUCUUCUUCCAGGAAGGAUUCACAAGGCAGCAACAGGAGUCUGGACACUAUUACGUUAUCUGGUGAUGAACGAGACUUUGGAAGACUGAAUGUGAAGUUGUGUUAUGUUUCUUCUGUAGAGCAGAUUUGGAUCACAAUUUUACAUUGCAAAGACCUGAGCUGGCCUUCUAGCUGUGGGGAAAAUCCUCGGAUCUGUGUCAAGGGUAUUCUCACACUGCCCAAGCCAGUGCAUUUCAAAUCUUCUGCCAAGGAGGCCUGCAAUGACAUUGAAUUUAUGGAAACUUUUGUUUUUGCCAUUAAACUGCAAAGCCUGCAGGCUGUCAGAUUGGUAUUUAAAAUCCAGACACAGACUCCCAGGAAAAAAACGAUUGGGGAAUGUUCCUUGGCACUGCGGGAGCUGAGCUCACAGGAGUCCAAUCAUUGGCUGGAUAUAUCUCCUCCUUCCAAAGCACCUGUGUGCCGUGCAGAACUUCAAAUAGGAACUUGUUUUCAAGCAAUAAACAGGAGGAUACAGUUACAGAUUCUUGAAGCACAAAACCUUCCUGUUUCAUCUAUGCCACUGUCUUCAAAUUUCUUUGUGAAAGUUGGAAUGUUUAGUACAGAAGGGAUCAUCUAUAAAAAGAAGACUCGCCUUCUGAAGUCCACUAAUGGCCAAGUGAAGUGGGGAGAAAUGAUGGUUUUUCCAGUUAGCCAAGCAGAACAAGGAAUUAGCUUUCUCAUCAAGCUCUACAGCAGAAGUUCAGUGAGGAGAAAACACUUCCUAGGACAGAUCUGGUUGAGUUCUGAUAGCAGCAACAGUGAAGCAGUAGAGCAGUGGAAAGAUACCAUUGCAAAUCCUGAAAAAGUUGUUGUUAAAUGGUACAGCAUUGGCCCAUCUUGAAGACUGGAGAUGAAAUUCAAAACUGAUUUUUCUACAGAAAUUCAUAUGCUGUCUAAAAUAGUAUAAAUUAAAAAUAAAUAUAUUGUCUGUGCAAGUUCUUCAGAAGUUCUCCACUGCAUCAUGCCUCUGUGGAAACAGAAAAUUCACUUUCACCAAGAGACAUACUGGUUAAAUACUACUACAAAGAAGACUUGGGAACUGGAAAAAGUGCUCACUUGAUUUCACAAAAUCUGUCUUGAAAAAAAGAUGUGUGCCCCUUUUGGAUUUCCUAAAAGCACAGAAAUUCAAUUUUGGAGAGAAGCAGCUUAAAUCAAUUCUGUUUCACUAGACACUGACAUCAUGCUCACCUGCAGUGUUGUUUUUGGCAGACUCCAAACCAGGGAAUGGGUCGUGUCAGUGGCUUGAUUCUGGGUACCUGUGAGCAUCUGGGCUUGCUGACACCAUUUGAUCAGGAUAAGAUGUGCUUGAGCAAUUGGGGAAGCUGUGGCAGCAGGAGAAGACAUAAAGGAAAGUACACAAUAAGGCAGCACCCAUAAGCUUUUCUGAUCUCCAUUUUGGAUGAAGGGUUGUUCCAAAGGCUGUAGCUUGAGUUUGCCCCCAUCCUUUUCUCAAAACAGAGAGAUGGAAAGAUAAAAGUUCCUCUGCCUUGGUGAUCUUUACCAGAGGGGCCCUCCAGACUUGCUCUGUUUGGGUAAAUUCUGGCUGGAAUCAAUGGAGUAGUACAAAGAGGCAAUGACCCUGCCCAGGAUCAGAGCCAGUAUUUGCAGAUUGCUUUUUAUAUAGAAUACUUAUUUGUAAACCACUUCCUAUCUAGUCAAAACACUCUAGCAUUUGCUUACAUUGCCAAAACACGGGCUAUCAUGUACAAAGGCAUAAGCAAAAAUGUACUGACUUAGGUGCUUUUUGAUAUUAAUUAAAAUGCAGCACUGUAAGGGAUUCAGACUUUUUUAAAGGAUGGGCUGCUACUGCAGAAGAAUUUGUUACAUGUCUAGGAUGCUAAAAAAUUAUGUGUGGGAGUAUAUUUUUAUUACUUGUUUCUAGUAAGAAGACAUCAACAUUUUUAUUGCAAAUUGUAUUUUUCCAACAAAAUGUUAAGAUUAUAUUUUCUGUUAGUUUCCAUAUUUUCAGAUGUUUAUUCAUAGUUAUUUUUAAGGGGGGAAAAUACCAAGUAUAUAAUUGAUACUGUAUAAAUCUAAAAGCACAGAUCUCUUAGCACUACUUCAACUACCUGAUUAAAAAACACAUAUUUAAUUGACUCCACUGCUUACAUAUGUACUGUUGGCUGUCUGGACUGUACAAAUAUGUAUGUUGGUAUAGAUGCUGAAUAAAUCUACCUUUCUUCAUAACUUGGAUCUAAUCCCACCAUCUGACAGGAUCUAGAGUGGCCGUGAGAGCACUCACCGCUGGGAGGAACAUGGGGAGCAGAGAAAAUGCUGUAACAGGAAAGCACAUCCUCUUCAAGCACACACCUCAGAGCAUCUUUACUUCGAGUUUUUUGUCUUUGAGUGUCAGGAAAAAAUGGAAUUGCUUAGAAAUAUUUUUUUUCAUCAGCUGAUAAUUGCAACGUUGGAAACUUCAACCAUCCAUUUUGUUGUUGUUGAAAUUUAAUAUUUUCAAAACAGAAGGAUUUUUAGACUCGUACAUACUCUGCUUUUCUGUAAGUCAUUAUAGAAGAACUGAAAAAGGGUUCUGCAUGUUACUUGGAGAACAAACAUUGGUUCUAGCUCUUACUCUUUGCAAAGCUCCCAGUAGGCCCAGAGGAUCUUGACUGACACUGAUAAUUUCCAGCCAGUUAAAACAGUCAGGAGGAGCCUGGCCUGCUGGGAAAAAUGAAAAAAGGAAGUGGGCUGAACUGAUAUUUUUGGAGUAUCUUUAUUUGAAUACAGGGAUCUUUUUUAUUCAUUGUGGCUGAACAUUUUAUUCAUUGUGGCAAUAAACAAAAGUGCAAGCUAACUGUUUCCUGAUGCAUAAUGCUGUUCUGUUUAAAAGAGAGGACAGGGAAUAUCCCAGUGUUUUGUAGACUUCAAUUACCACAGCAGUGGUUCUACAGACUUUGCCAACUCAGUGGAUGCUGUAUGAAAUGGAUUUCUGGG